UGGGUGAGUUCCGGUAUUUCAGGGCGGAGCAGGCGGAAGUAGGGUGAGGAGCGGCUACAACGCCGAGCGGAGGAGGUAGGACCCCGAAUUCCAGAAGCAGCUAGGUGGGCACCAUGGCCGGGAUCACCACCAUCGAGGCGGUGAAGCGCAAGAUCCAGGUUCUGCAGCAGCAGGCGGAUGAUGCCGAGGAGAGGGCCGAGCGCCUUCAGCGGGAAGUGGAGGGAGAAAGGCGGGCCCGGGAGCAGGCUGAAGCCGAGGUGGCCUCCUUGAACCGUAGGAUCCAGCUGGUUGAAGAGGAGCUGGAUCGUGCUCAGGAGCGUCUUGCCACUGCUCUGCAGAAGCUAGAGGAAGCAGAAAAGGCUGCUGAUGAGAGCGAGAGAGGUAUGAAGGUGAUUGAAAACCGAGCUCUAAAAGAUGAAGAAAAGAUGGAACUUCAGGAAAUCCAGCUAAAGGAAGCGAAGCACAUUGCCGAAGAGGCAGACAGGAAGUAUGAAGAGGUGGCUCGUAAGUUGGUGAUUAUUGAAGGAGACUUAGAACGCACAGAGGAACGGGCUGAGCUGGCAGAGUCCCGUUGCCGAGAGAUGGAUGAGCAGAUCAGACUGAUGGACCAGAACCUGAAGUGUCUGAGUGCUGCUGAAGAAAAGUACUCUCAGAAAGAAGACAAGUAUGAAGAGGAGAUAAAGAUUCUCACUGACAAACUCAAGGAGGCAGAGACCCGUGCCGAGUUUGCCGAAAGAUCGGUAGCCAAACUGGAAAAGACCAUCGAUGACUUGGAAGACGAGCUCUAUGCCCAGAAACUGAAGUACAAGGCCAUUAGCGACGAGCUGGACCACGCCCUCAAUGACAUGACCUCUAUAUAAGCUGAAGUGCACCAAAGAGGAGCACCUCUGUACACAAAGGAUGCUGGACCAGACCCUGCUGGACCUGAACGAGAUGUAGAGCACCCCUAGUCCCUGCCCUGCCACCGCUCCUCCCUCUGACCCCGACUCGCCUGAGGCCAGCCUGCCUGAAGCUGACCUUGAAACCGAGGGCUGAUCUUUUUAACUGAAGGCUGCUUUCCCUUCUGCCACCCCUCUACCCUUCAUGUCUUUUUCAUAAAACUGUGUCAGCCUCUUCCCAGAGUUCCAGCUGGAGGGGCUGAGCACCUUUGGGAACAAUAUUUAAGGGAGUGUGAGCACAAUGCAUUUGUCUUCAGUGCUCUUGGGAUCUGCACAUUGUGAUUCCUUUUUGUCUUAGCGACCAUUGUAACAUUCCAAGCGCUUCCACAGCUUGGAGCAGCAGCCCAGUUCCUUGUCACUGUUGGAAGGUGACAUGCCGGCCUAAUGGAUACUGCUCUCUCCAUAGAGGAGGAACACAGGACAGCCAGCAGAGCCCAGCAGGCUCCACUGUGGGACACCUCAGUUCUCUGCACCAAGUCCUAGCCAAACAACAGGGAAUUCUAGGAAGUUAGCCAGAAACAAAAAACUCUUCCGGGCUGUGAAGGUUUCCAUCUUUGAUAUCUUUGAACAAUUUUAACCUUGUUCUUUAUGUUUUACUUUUUCCAUCAGUCGUGACCAAAUGAGCCGGUGAGGCCUCUGAGAUGCCCCACCUCCCAGGCCUUGUGCAUGCCAGGCAAGCAUGCUACUGUGUGGCCCCAGCUCCGAGACCCACUGGUCUCCCCUCCACCCCUUCCUAACUGCUCACACGGAUCAUGCUGCCCUUUAGUGUUCACCUGCCCCGAGGGAGAAAGAGAAAGAAGAUUAUGUUCGUGCCGCUGAUCAGCCGUGUGGACGUCAUCUCAUUGCCUUUCCCGAAGCUGCUGUCUCUUAAGUGCCAUCUCAUUGUGCUUCCUAUCAGCCAGUGCUGGAGAAAUCUUGAAUAGCUUAUGUAAAAAAAACUUUUUAAAUUUUAUAUUAUUUUGAAAUUUUGCUUUUGGGGACUUGGGUUAUCUUGGUCAACCCAUUGGCUGUGAGAAUCCUUUGCGGUCUGUGGGCUGGCGGUGUGCCGAUCUUUCGAGUGUCCCCGCCAGUCGCCGUGUUCAGGCAGUCUCUUCAAGGCCUGUUACAGGUGGACACGUUGCAGCUUCCUGGCUUAUUUGUACUCCUGUCCAGAGAGAGAACCCCAUAGUGCAACUGUUUUGAUACUGAAUAUCAACACGUGACAUUUUGAAAUAAAGAACCAGUCCUUCCACCCUCA